UUUGACGGCAAUUGACAGUUGAGUUGAUUAUGAAAGUGACCGCAAAUUGAAAAGAAGCGAAAUGUCCGACAAUUGCGAGCAAACGCCGGCAGACGUGUCUUCGAGCGAACAAAUGGUUAGUUUGGUUCCCAUUCAGAGCGAAGACAACAGUAUAGGCGUUGAGUUGAUCGCCGGCGACACCGAUGAAGAAUUUUUUGGCACUCAAGCCAUUGAACUGAAUGGCGAACGCCAUGUGAUCGUAUCCCAAGCACAGGAUCCCGAAACCGGCGAAUUACUACUUGUGCUGAGAGGCGAAAACGGCGAACACAUUGCCAUCCAAUCGGAAGCGCUGUCAUCGAUGGUUCAGGCGUCGGGCGGAGAGAACAUUCAGGAUCCCGAAACCGGCGAAUUACUACUUGUGCUGAGAGGCGAAAACGGCGAACACAUUGCCAUCCAAUCGGAAGCGCUGUCAUCGAUGGUUCAGGCGUCGGGCGGAGAGAACAUUCAGGUGGCGGUUGUCUCCCAAUCGGACGAAACGGCUCUCACUCUGGCGUCGGAUAUCACUUCUCUCACGCAAUCGGUUUCCACAUCGGAAUUGAGUCAAAUGUCGUCAACAUCUUUGGCUGUUUUGCCGCCCAUUAUAGCGAACAUUGCGAGUCAGACACCGACACCACACACGGCGCCCACUAAUGUGGUCCAGUCUAUCGACACACCUAUUGUGUCACAGGAGGAACAGCCCUCCAUCUUAACGACACCCGCUGUCAAACCAGAAUCAGUUGCGACAGAAAUAUUAACCGAUAAUACGAUAGCAACGGAUCCAAAGGCAGAGAUUGGAGUCGAAAAAGAUGUUACGAUUCCUAUUGAGAAGCCAUUGGAAGAGCAGACAGUAGAGGCGCCUAAAGUUGUGGAGUCUGUGGCCUCACAGGAUCCCGAAACCGGCGAAUUACUACUUGUGCUGAGAGGCGAAAACGGCGAACACAUUGCCAUCCAAUCGGAAGCGCUGUCAUCGAUGGUUCAGGCGUCGGGCGGAGAGAACAUUCAGGUGGCAGUUGUCUCCCAAUCGGACGAAACGGCUCUCACUCUGGCGUCGGAUAUCACUUCUCUCACGCAAUCGGUUUCAACAGCGGAAUUGAGUCAAAUGUCGUCAACAUCUUUGGCUGUUUUGCCGCCCAUUAUAGCGAACAUUGGGAGUCAGACACCGACACCACACACGGCGCCCACUAAUGUGGUCCAGUCUAUCGACACACCUAUUGUGUCACAAGAGGAACAGCCCUCCAUCUUAACGACACCCGCUGUCAAACCAGAAUUAGUUGCGACAGAAAUAUUAACCGAUAAUACGAUAGCAACGGAUCCAAAGGCAGAGAUUGGAGUCGAAAAAGAUGUUACGAUUCCUAUUGAGAAGCCAUUGGAAGAGCAGACAGUAGAGGCGCCUAAAGUUGUGGAGUCUGUGGCCACUAAUGAGUUGCAAACAACAGAAUCUAUUUCUGUCAAUACUUGUACUGAUAUUUCCGGCAAUGAAUCACAAAAAGCAGUUGAAGAGAAGGAAACGACAGAAACAAUUGCACCCGAAGUGGCAAAACCUGUUGAGCCGGAAAUCGAGCCAAAAGUUGCGGAACCAGAAAAAACAGUUGAAACAAAUGUUACGCCAGAUAUUGAAACAAAACCGGAAACCACUGAAAAUCCGUCGGAAGAAGAAGUGCCCGAAGAGAAGACAUUACCCAUUGAGACCACAACUGCUUUGAUUGAGACGACUACUGCUUCGGUUGAGACCAUUUCCACGACUGAAUCGAGUGCUACAAUCACUACAACGGCUUCAAUCGAGUCCACACCUGAAGUUGAAUUCAGUAAUACGGCUGUAAUUCAAGUGCAAGACUCGGGAAGUGGAACCUCAUUGGAACAACUGAUGGCAAACGCUGUUAUGACUUCUGAUGGCAAUUACGUGCUAAUGGCUCAGACAGAAGACGGUCACGUGACUGGACUGCCAUCUGAGCUGAAUCUCGCGGAUGUCAUCAACUCGGGAGCGGCUGGCGGUCAGACCUUUUUGAUCGAAACCCCUGAAGGACUGGUGGCGUGCACUGCAUCCACAUCUGGAGAAGACGGAGCCAUUCAAUUGAUUCCAACAGAGGCGGCAAACAUUGAGAGCUCAACGCAAUCGUCAGUGAACUCUGUGGACAACCAACUAAUUCAAGCCAUUGGUUCGCAGUCCAUGUCUUAUACAUUUAACUCAAGUUCUGGUUGUCUUGAGUUGACUCCUGUGAGUCCCACCACAACAACAGCCGCACCAAAACCGGCCCGAAGUCGAGGCGGAAACCGAACUCCAAAAGCCAAGAAUAUAUCGACGCCGGCAUCGAUGGGCCAAACGUUACUCAUGUCGUCGAUCGACACUAUCACUAGUGACAGCCCAACAGUUGACACUACAAAGCUGUCGACUCCGGCAUCCGCUCGAAACAGAGGCGGCAAAGGAGGCCGAGGAGGAGGAGGUCCGAAGAGUGCCGGCGCUUCUAAUACUAAUUCAAACAUCACUUUAAGUUCGCAACACAUGAAAGGCAACUCAAAGUCUGUAUUUCCAGCCGAACCAAUCAAAUCGAGUGCUGGUGUUAAUAGUCUGUCAGCGACCAGUGGUCCGCCCGGUCCGAGUCAAUUGGCCGCCUCUCGGCGGACAUACAGCAAGAAAUCCAAUAUCGUUUGGAUAACACCGGACGCAUCGCACGGACCGGCGAACACACCGUUCGCAACGGUGACCACCGCUACCCCUCAACUCCAUUCGCCCAACAAAUCCACGUCUAGUUUAGUCACUAAGAAUGCGACACAACAACAGUCACCGCGCGUUACGUCGCCCACAAAGACUGCACCGCAAACACCAAUCGCUCCCAUUGUCUCCAAAACAACAACUCCCGCAACCAUUGCUACUAAAGGCACCACUUCUCCGGUCAAAAUGAUCACCGCUUCGGCCACUAAAACGGUUACGACCCCUAAGAGUACCGCAGCGAAGACAACACCGCAAUCCUCAACAACUAAAGUGCAAACACCAAACCUAUCUGUGAAGAGCAGUCCCAUCACAAAGAGUGAAACCAUCACUAAAACAACAAUAAGGAUGAGUGAUAUAACGGCCACUAAAACUACGGUCUCAACGCCGGCGCCUAAAGUGAUGGCCACCAAAACGGUGGUCACCGUUCCCUCACCUGUCAAAGCAAAAGCAUCUGCGAAAUCAACACCGAAGGCAAUCCAAUCGUCCACACCGUCUGCGAAGGUAACCACUGUGUCAACUAAAACGGUUCCCACAAAACCAAACGUAACGACACCCGUAAGCAAACCAAUCACAUCCACGCCUGCCGUCAAAUCUAAACCAAUUCAGGCAUUGAGUGCUGAAAAACCUGCGAAAACUCCGCCAACGACUCGAACCUCGACUACACCUAAAGACACAAAAACUAGUGUUUCAUUAGAAUCGCCGGUUGUUUCGCAACCGAUUGCCGUCAAAUCAAAGGCCACUUCAGCUCUCAGUAACUCGACUCCAGAUAUCACUGUUAAAGACACGACCGCUUCAGAGACUGGAAAAGAAGACCAGAAAAAUAAAUCAAGUCUUGAAAUUGAGGCGAAAAACAAAGCCAACAAAGAAAGCACUGCUUUAAACACUUCGGCCAAAGAGUCAACUGAGAAGAGCAAGAAGUCUGAAACACACAAAAUUGAAACCAACGAACACAACGACGGCAACAAAUUGACCCGAAAAUCACUUAGAAAUUCAAGAAGUAAUUUAGUUAUCGAUGACAUUAAAAAAGAUAAGAAAGAAACCAAAGUUGUCGUAGAAGUGAAGCCAAUUGAAAAAGCAGUGGAAACUCCCACUGAAAUCGUGAGCACAAGGAGAACGUCGCGUAAGAAAGAAGUGGUCAGUACUCCAAGUGUUACGAAACCAGAGAAUCCACAGCCAGUAGAAGAGCCCGUCGCCACUCCGACCCCUACAGAACCGACAGCACCAGCUGUUUCUGCUGUGAAGACACCAUCGGUUUCUACUGUGAAGACGCCAUUGGUUUCUGCUGUGAAGACGCCAUCGGUUUCUGCUGUGAAGACGCCAUCGGUUUCGGCUGUGAAGACGCCAUCGGAUUCUGUUGUGAAGACGCCAUUAGUUUCUGCUGUGAAGACGCCAUCGGUUUCUGAUGUAAAGACGCCAUCGGGAAGAGUGACGCGCGCCUCGACUGGUAAAACACCUGAACCUAAACCUAAAACACCGAAAGCAGCGAAGGCUUCAUUGGAUUCGAAAAACCAAAAUAAAACCAUUAAAGAGAAGACACCGGCGGAUAAACCUGAGCCCAAAGUGAUGGACGAAUUCGAUAGGAUUGUGGAGAAAACGAAACCACAGCCGACGACGACAACGAUGUCGACACCCGAAGCCAUUAAGACAGUGGCGCCCAUUACUCCCACUACGAGUGGUUCGGCCAGAAGUGUGAAGAAAAAGGUUCAGUUUGAGCUGAAAGACAAGUCUGGGGAACAAACAAUAGAGGAGACGGAAGAGUCGAGUCGAUCGUCACGGCGUUCGUUGAGAUCGAGUACACCUCAGGAGAAGAAAGACGACGAGUCGAACAAAACUCCUUAUAAUGAGAACUCCAUUGAAAGCGAUGUGAAUAACAAAACACCGCAACGGCUCUCAACCCGUAAACGAAAAGAAGUGCCCAAAAGUUCUUCAGCCGAACCGGAGAUAAUUGCAUCAAAAACAUUGAAAAAGACGACUAAAUUUGAUAUUAAUUUCGCCGAAAGUGCUGUAAAUUCAGAGAAAACGACGACUAAAUUUGAUAUUAAUUUCGCCGAAAGUGCUGUAAAUUCAGAGAAAACGGUCAAUUCAUUCAGUUCUUCACCGAUUGGAGGAUUUAGAAAAUCAAAACCUAUUAGAAGUUCGUUUAGAGAUAGUGUUCGCCACAGUUUAGAGACAUCUGAAGUGAAUCGGAAUCGAAAGCAAUCUUUAAUUCAGUCUUAUAUUAAUGAAAGCGAAUGGAAGGAAAAAGAGGAUAAUUUAAGGCGAAAGACAAUAUCGUCUUUGUCUGAUCUCCGGAGUCCUAACGAGUGUUACGAUUACUCGACAAAUGAAUGCGUGUUUUACGUUAGACACCAAUCGGUUUCAUUGAAUCCCAAACAAAGUACUGGCAAUUAUUUGUGCCAGAAGUGCGGGUUUCACACGACAAGAAUCAAUAAUUUAGUGGUCCAUCACAGGGAUCAGUGCUCUUACAUCAAGAAUGCAGUCAUCAAGCAAUGGCAGACAGAGCUUCACAAGAGAGCCAAACCCACUAACAGUGCCGACUCGACCGACACUACGAGGCCUGAGACCAAGAGAAGGAAACUCGACAACAAUGAAGAUAUGAACCAUUCUUUGGAUGAGUCGGAAGACGAUUCAGGCGACGACACAAAUGAGGAUCUCAUCAAAAUGAGACAAAGUAUAGAAAAAGCAAAUCAAAACCCAACCAUUAGUGACAUCGACGCUAUGUUAAUGGGUUCGGACGACGAGGACCUCCUUUCCAUUGAUAAUAUAGAGAAUCCUAAGCGAGAUGACAUCGACGCUAUGUUAAUGGGUUCGGACGACGAGGACCUCCUUUCCAUUGAUAAUAUAGAGAAUCCUAAGCGAGAGUUUGGGUUCACUGACGACGACAUAGUAUGGGUCGAAACAAAUAACACUCAUUGGCCGGCAUUGGUCUCAAAGGUGUUUUUCAAAGAGAAGAAAGCAUUAAUUAAACUCAUUGACAGUCCUUUACCCAAAAAGAGGUACCAUUUCAUGAUUAAUUUGAUUACGAGUUACUCUAAUAAGGAAAUAACAUUUGCAUUGCUUUCUAGUCUGAAACUAAGCGUCGCUUCGAUCUCAGCGUUCGAUAGCGCGGAAGUAAAUAAGAAGUAUUUACGCGAAAGCCGUAAAGGAAGUAAUGGCGACGCUCUCGUCAAAGCCGUACAAAAAGCGGAGGAAUUUCUGCGCAAAAAGUGUUUGGGCAGUGAAUUGAGUGCCGCCAAGUUCUUCGACCACUUGGACAGCGAUUUGAUAAAUGACAUCGACGCUAUGUUAAUGGGUUCGGACGACGAGGACCUCCUUUCCAUUGAUAAUAUAGAGAAUCCUAAGCGAGAGUUUGGGUUCACCGACGACGACAUAGUAUGGGUUGAAACAAAUAACACUCAUUGGCCGGCAUUGGUCUCAAAGGUGUUCUUCAAAGAGAAGAAAGCAUUAGUUAAACUCAUUGACAGUCCUUUACCCAAAAAGAGUUACUCUAAUAAGGAAAUAACAUUUGCAUUCACUUCUAGUCUGAAACUAAGCGUCGCUUCGAUCUCAGCGUUCGAUAGCGCGGAAGUAAAUAAGAAGUAUUUACGCGAUAGUCGUAAAGGAAGUAAUGGCGACGCUCUCGUCAAAGCCGUACAAAAAGCGGAGGAAUUUCUGCGCAAAAAGUGUUUGGGCAGUGAAUUGAGUGCCGCCAAGUUCUUCGACCACUUGGACAGCGAUUUGAGUGAAGCCACCGCUGAUGAGGACGAGAAGAUUGUCUCCAAUUCUAAAGAUGGUGUCGCAGAAGAGAAGUCAAAACCUGUUAACGAAAUCACUUCUGACGGAAGUUUGCCUCCCAUUGGAAGCAAUGGAAACGAUUCCGAAACGGAAAGAAUGCCCGAAAGUAAUGAAGCGAUCGCUCAGUGGAAGGAAAAGCGAAGACAACAAAAUGCAAAACUCCUUCAAUGUAUUAAAGACGCAAAAGUGGAAACACAUUUGUUGGGCGUCUAUAGGGAGUCGAUCGGCAGUGAAAGGCAUCUCAAGUUUAAGAGUGGCUCCGAGUCUGAGAAGAAUCAGUUGAAACACGUGCCGUGGUUUGGACCCAUCGAUGAUGAAGAACAACAGGAAGAGAUAUACGACUACUGCUCCCAACUCUUUAAAGCCAACUUCAAAACAGAGGGUUCUUUCGAUACCGUGGCCUAUAUUUUUGAAGUGUGGGUCCCAGAGGCAAUAGUAAAGGCGAUCAGUAGAGUGCGAAGGAUUGAAUUGAAGGAUUCGGAGUCGAUAUUCGCAAAGGGAGUGAUUUUGAGUAAAUCAGAAAAGGAUGAGUUGACUAAAGAGAUUCAAAAAGAGGCUGAAAAACAGUUGACUUCUCAGACCAGUUCUGAC